AUGGCUCCUCUAAUUCUUAUGAGUAAACCACAGCGGCGAACAGGGAUCUGCAUCGUCGUCCUGCAGCCUACUGCAGCCUGUCUAAACAGGUCACCUGCGGCAACACGUGUAACCACUCUCACUGUCACCCUCUGCUGUUCUGCUGUGCUGGGAGAUUAUUCAUUGGCGACCUCUCCAAAGUACCGCAGAGCGCUACAAAGUCACAGACUGUGA